AGAACAAUAAGAUGGUAGACAUCUUCGAGCACACAAUAUUGUCGAUAUGUAGAUAUUGAUGUUUUACUUACUCUUGUUGUAUUACAGGUAACAGUUACGAUGGAAUGGAGGUAUUAUCAAGAAAACCACCCCCUGAUAAAGACAAAGAUACACCGAGUACUAUAUUGGAAGUGGAGAAAAUAGCCUUAAAGAGAAAUCUGGGUCUUGUUGGUGCUGUUUCUAUGAUUGUUGGAACAAUUAUUGGGUCAGGUAUAUUUGUAUCACCAAAAGGAGUUUUAAAGUCUACGGGUUCAGUUGGUCUCAGUUUAAUAGUUUGGGUUGGAGCUGGUGUAAUUGGAACCUUGGGUGGAUUAUCGUAUGCCGAAUUGGGGACACUAUUGCCUAAAUCUGGUGGUGAAUAUGUUUACUUGAAAGAAGGACUGGGGGACAUACCCGCGUUUUUGUUUUCCUGGACAUCUGUAAUAGUAACAAGAACAUCGUCUUUAGCGAUAAUAGCCUUGACGUUUGCAGCCUACACAGAUUCAUUCUUUGAAUUGUGUGGAGGUCCUCAGAUACCAGUAAAACUUAUCGCCGUCAUUGUUCUUAUUUUAGUUGGCAUUGUUAAUAGUUGGAGUACCAAACUAGCCUCGCAAGUUCAAAUUUUUUUCACCUUUGCUAAAGUUAUAUCCCUUGUUAUUAUCAUUAUUGGUGGGUUUGUGAAACUCGGGGAAGGCAAAACCUCUGUAUUAGAAACAGGUUUCAAGGGAACAACCCAAUCACCAUUUAUCGUUGCUCUGGCAUUUUACAAUGCUUUGUGGGCUUAUGAUGGCUGGAACAAUCUGAAUAUAGUUACAGAGGAGUUACAAAAUCCUAACAGAAAUCUGCCAUUAGCCAAUGUACUCAGUAUGGUGAUAGUUAUAGUUAUUUAUCUUUUGACCAAUGUCUCAUAUUUAACUGUGAUGAGUGUUCAACAGUUACUAGCAUCGCCUGCUGUUGCCGUGACAUGGGGUGAUAAAGUAUUGGGCGCUGCUAGUAUUUUGAUGCCCUUGUCUGUAAUGGUCUCAACGUUUGGUGGUGCUAACGGAUCGGCUUAUACUGGUGGAAGGGUAGUAUUUGCUGCAGCGCGUGAUGGAUUCUUGCCUGAAAUUUUGUCUUAUGUUCAUUGUAAAAACUUCACUCCAUUGCCGUCUAUGUUAUGUACAAUAUUUAUAUCACUACUGAUGAUAAUACCAGGUGAUAUUGGAGGUUUAAUAGAUCUGUUCAGUUUUACUGCCUGGUGUUUCUAUGGUAUGACAUUUUUAAGUCUCAUUAUAUUGAGAUUCAAAAUGAAAAACAAAGAGAGACCUUACAAGGUUCCCAUUGUUAUACCAAUAGUUUUAGUAUUGAUCUCAAUCUACCUUGUUAUUGCACCGAUAGUUUAUGAACCUAAAAUAGAAUUCCUGUAUGCGUUCUUAUUCGUUAUGGCUGGUCUAAUAUUCUACUUUCCUUUUGUUUAUUGGAAUAUUAAAUUGAAAGGAAUAGAUUCAAUUACCAUGUAUUUACAGUUAAUAUUGGAGGUUGUACCAUCUAAUUUCCCAUCCGAAUAACGGCGAUGACCAUUCUGUAGAAUUAAUAUCACUAUACCAUAAUUAUUAUUUUAAACUGUAAUUCACGAACUAUGUAUAUGAUGUGUUUCCUAUUUUAUAUUCCAACUUGCUAUAUUAUCUACAUACAGUCACUUUAAAUUUCUUGGUUUUCAU